UUUCGUCGAAGCCGUGCUGAGAGGGAAUUGUUGAAUUACGCACUUCGCUUUAUUUUUCUGACUUUACGCGCUUUCGGUGAUUUAUUAUCAUUGUAGAAUCAUCAGGAAUGUUUACUCUUCAAUCUCAGGUCUGGAGGACCCUAAGCAAGGGACGAAUCAGCCAAAUUGCAGGAUGUCGCUUGUUCAGCAAUGAAAAGCAACAGAAUUUCGAGAAAACUGUGAACAAUGUUACGCUCUUGGGUCGUGUGGGAGUCGAGCCUCAGUUGAGAGGAAAUGAGGAGCAUCCUGUCGUUACAUUCUCUCUGGCCACUCACGUAGGCUACAAAAACGAAUCUGGAGACUGGACUCAGAAGACAGACUGGCACAGAGUGGUCGUCUUCAAGCCACAACUCAGGGAAUCCGUGAUGAACUACCUCCGUCGUGGGCAGAGAGCGCUGGUGCAGGGAAAGAUCAACUAUGGCGAGAUAACAGACCAGGAGGGGAAGCAGCGCAUCAGCACCAGUAUCAUCGCGGACGAUGUGAUCUUCAUCAAUCAGUCAGGAAAGUAGAUAUAA